CAAGGAUCGGCAGAUAAAGGCAGAGCUUGGGGAGGCGGGGCGGUGGGACCAGGAGGGCGGGGCGCCCGCCCCCAGCCGCGCUGUCGCCGCCCAGCCCGGCCCGAGCGAGCGGGUCUCGCGGAUCGCUGGCCAAGCACGCUGGAACACCCCCCACCCCCGCAGCGGCGCCCCCACUUUCCAACCCCUGCGGCGCGCGCGGAUGCAGCUGGCCCGGGACGCAGGCAAGACACCAGGCGUGGGGCGCGAGGAGCCGGGUAUUGGCGCGGGAUGCGGACGCAAGGCCUCUUCUUCUGAUGAAAAGAGAAGGGAAAGAUGGACUACACUCACCAAACUGCCCUAGUCCCGUGCGGACAAGAUAAAUACAUGUCCAAGAAUGAACUUCUCCUGCAUCUGAAGACCUACAACUUGUACUAUGAAGGCCAGAACCUGCAACUCCGCCACCGAGAGGAAGAAGGCGAGUUCAUCGUGGAGGGGCUGCUGAAUAUCUCCUGGGGGCUGCGCAGACCCAUUCGGCUCCAGAUGCAGGAUGACCACGAGCGCAUCCGUCCCCCUCCGUCCUCUUCCUCCUGGCACUCUGGCUGUAACCUGGGCGCACAGGGCUCCACCCUGAAGCCCCUCACCAUGCCCACCGUUCAAAUCUCAGAAGUGGAUACGCCUGCUGAAAGCAGCGAGACACCCAGCCCCACAGACUCGAGGGGUCUGAAGCCCGUGCAGGAGGACACCCCACAGCUGAUGCGCACGCGCAGCGACGUUGGGGUGCGUCGCCGUGGCAAUGUGAGGACAUCCAGUGACCAGCGGCGCAUCCGACGCCAUCGUUUCUCUAUCAACGGCCAUUUCUACAACCACAAGACAUCGGUUUUCACACCAGCCUAUGGCUCUGUCACCAACGUCCGCAUCAACAGUACCAUGACUACCCCCCAGGUCCUGAAGCUGCUGCUCAACAAGUUUAAGAUUGAGAAUUCGGCAGAGGAGUUUGCUCUGUACGUGGUCCAUACUAGCGGCGAGAAGCAGAAGCUGAAGAACUCCGACUACCCCCUGAUUGCCCGCAUCCUCCAGGGCCCAUGUGAACAGGUCUCCAAAGUCUUCCUGAUGGAGAAGGACCAGGUGGAGGAGGUCACCUAUGAUGUGGCCCAGUACAUAAAGUUUGAAAUGCCGGUCCUUAAAAGCUUCAUUCAGAAACUCCAGGAGGAAGAGGACCGGGAGGUGGAGAAGCUGAUGCGCAGGUACACUGUGCUCCGGCUAAUGAUUCGGCAAAGGCUGGAGGAGAUAGCAGAGACCCCCGAGACUAUCUGAGCCACAGGAACAAGGGAAAUCCAGACACUCCAGGGGCCCCUGCUGACCUGAAAAGACCCAUGGGAAGCUAGGCACUGUCCUUCCACAGAAAUGUUUCCACCCGAACCUCUGCAGCGCCCCGCCAAAGCCAGCAUGGAUCCCUGGAGUAGGACACAGAAGCUGCAGAAGCCCCCCAUCUCUGGAUCUCUGCUCUCCUUUGUUCCAUUCUCAAGAGCUUUCAUUUCUAGGAGGACCCGCAGUGUGUGUUCACAUACCCGAGUGUGUGUGUGUGCGCUCACAUACCUGAGUGUGUGUUUGCGCUCACAUACCUGAGUGUAUGUGUGUACACACACGUGUAUGCGUAUGUGUACUUAUUAUGUCCAUAUGCCUCUCUCAUGUUUUCACAUGCAAUUAAAUUCCAAGCAGCCAGCACAGGUGCCAUGAGGCUGGCAGACAUACUGCUCCUGGGCAGGAAGAGGAGAGGAAUAGCUAAGGCUGGUUUUGGCUUCUUCGAGUGCCAACGGCAGUCACACAUAUCUGCCAUGUUUGAAAGGGAAGAGGAUUCUGCAGGCUCACCAUUUGGAAUGUCUGAAGGUUUGUAGCAGACAUUCUCCCCAUUUGCCAAGAAGGAUGGGUGACGGUGAGACCCUUGGGAAUUGGUGAAGUGACAGCGCCAUGCCCUUGGGGCAGGUCCAGGGAAAUGGAAAAUGAGACCGCUGCGGGGCAGAUGCAAUGAGUCCGUGAGUUUUUGCACUGGAAAGGUUGUCGUUGGAGAUAGCACAAUGAAUGUCCUCUGCUAUGUGGACGUCCACCUGGGAGAAAUGGCUUCUGCCUCUGUUCUUGGUGUUUGGACGCUUCUGGGUGUUUCUGCUCUCUCAGUUGCCACUCCAAUUCUUGGGGUCCUCCUUGGCUUGAAGAAACAUCUUCUGAAACGAAAGUGUCUGGAGUGCAUACAACUCUGACCUGCUCAUGUGUCAGGGCUGGGUAUGUACUGAGAUAAAUGGCAUCCAGAAGUUUCUAAGCACCAGUGGGGCUGAAGGGAAGGAUAGAGGCCACCUGCUGAAAUGACAGGCGCCUUCAAGCCCUUGCACACCAUCACAUCAGUAAGAGUUGUCCCCGCAUGGAGUUGAGGCUUUGCAUUUGAAGCUAACAUGUUAUUCCUUCUGGCCUCUGCACACUUGCAAGCUCCUUCACCUUAUACAUGGAGAUGGACUCUGAGAAUGAAGACGCGUCUUGUUCUUGAGUCAACAUAGGGAUCAAGGAUUUCUUUGGGGAAUCCCAUGAAGUGUGGACAGAGAGGACAGUGCUCACUUAGCCUCUGAGCAGCCGUGCUGCUGAUUUUUCAAAUCAGCCUCAUUGGCACAAUGGGCAGGGAUGGCCCUGUACACCCUCCAUUAGGGACACUGUCAGGUAGCUGGCCGCUUGUGUGGCUUGUGCCAUUUGAGGAGGGACAGACAGAUUCUCGGAGCUUGGUGCUGGUCUAUGAAAUGCAACCAAGCAAGAUGAGCAGCCUGUAACUCAGGCAUCUCUGAGCCUCACUGCCACAAAGUGCCCUUCCCUAUCUGCUCUCAAGAAAGCUCUAGAAGCGGAGCAGUUGAGGGACCGAGGGCCCCUGACCAGAGUGCCUUUUAAGGAAGGUGGACCUCUGUAACAGACCUAUUCCUGUGUAACUGUGUUGCUGUUCUCCACCCUCCUUAGAAGGUCUCAUUGUGGGCUUUCAAAUGAUGGCUUGUGGCCGGCCAUUUUGCUGGAUGCCACUUAGCAACCUAGCUCCUCUGCCGGGGUAGCACCGUCCAUCCUAUGGGCAGUGUGAUGGGAACCCAGAGCGCCUUGGUCUCAGUCGUACACUCCAGUGGACAUGAGCAAAGCACAAAAUUAGGGGCAGGGGAGGCAGCUUCUCUGAUAAUCAGAAGCUUCGGUGGACUUCAGUAAAACAUAAAACUCUGCAGGGAGCUGGGGGUCCUUUAUUACAGAUGAAGAGCAGCUUUGCAGAUGCAAAUAUUUGAGAAAAUGAUUUGGAUAAUUUCCCUUCCAGUUAUUUUUAUCUUGACUCUUCAGAGCCUAUACUGCCCCAUACUUCUCCUUUGGGAGCUAGGGGGCUUUCCACAGAGCACUGUCUCUUACUGGGAAAGGAUUUCUGGUUUAUAAAGGUUCUUUGUGACCCUGUUAAUCUGUGACUGUUGGAGAGUAUCGGAUUGCCAGGCUCUCCAAAAAGUGUUGCCAAGGUGAUGCCUUUUAAAGUGUGGGGUUCAGAAAGAGAGUUGGGGUACAUAUCCACUAAUCCAUCUUGGCCCAUCCCCUAGAAUCAUUUCUCACAUCCAUAUAACUGAUCAAGAAUUUUAGGAACUUGGCUGGGCAUGUGACUGGGUAGUAAAGCACUUACUUAGCAUGUAAGAAGCCAACUUCCAUCUCUAGUACCACAAGAAAAAAGCAGCUGGGUGUGGGUAGAGGGAUUACUUAGUAUGUUAGGACCUGGUUUCCGACUCCAGCACCAAGCGCCACCCCACCCCAUGAACUUUGGAAACCUUUAAAAUAGCCGCAGCUAAACAGACCUUUAUGGUGGCGACUGGAUUUUCUCACUGGUGCCACUUGGCUUCGAAGCCUUGAACCUCAAGAUUGAUUCGUGUAGGUUUAUGUAAUUGUGUGCAAUGAACCUGAAAUCCUGUGGAAUAAAAGACCAAUGCAUGGGGGGUGGGGGGAGUUAAUCCAACUUGUGAAAAGUGAUUUGGCCUCAUCUGAACUCCUUUUUCCCCUGAAAAGGCUUAUGUGACAAGGCGGUCACGUGAAGAGGACACCCGACUCCAUCUGAGUGGGGUGGGGAAGUCAAGCACAGGCUCACCUUCUCAGCGACCACACUGGUGGGAAGGUGACGGCUCAAAGCAGGUGUGGGCGUCAGUUGGAAAGGGGCCCAAAGCACAAACACCAGCCUGCCUGGGCUACUGGUGAAGGGCACACUGCUAACACUGGACAGACAGCAGCCAAGGCUGGGGAGAGAGCCUCAAGAGGACAUAGAGCCCAAGGCCAAGAUGUUGGUCGGAGUCAUGAUGUUCUGAGAAGAAAUAUUUGCACCCUUCUCCUUUCCUAACUAUUUCUAGAAACUUCCAGAUAAAGACAUUUUAUCGUUUUAUCUGUGGCAUAUGAUCAUCUUCCAAAAUCUGUUGUCCAUGCAAAAACAGCUUGGCAGGGAUUGUGUUUUGUGGGUUUAUUUGGUGUCAGGAGGGUAGAUGAGGAAUCUGGCCGAAUGGCAAGCACACUCAAGAAAUACCAGCUCUUAGAAAAUGACAAGAACAGUAAAACCUCAAAACAAAACCCAUAGUUUAUUUGAAGCUUUGUAACUUGGAGAACUUGGGGAUCAGGGAUACAUUUCCAAGCAAGAAAUAUGGCCAGUGACCAAAGGAGUCUUAGUGUCCCACAGCAGAAGGCCGCCCUGAACUCACUCCCACAGCCUGCCUGCUUUGAAGUUUUUACUUGGGUUGUUUUCUGUCAAGUCUGGCUUCUGCCAGAUGGGAGAGCAUCGGAGAGAUAAACCCCGUGUGCCAUCCCUUCCUUCAGACAUAAUUGAAAGUGUUCACCAAGUCUUGGGAUACACCUCCCUCCCCUCCUCAUGCUCCCAUUAAACUGAGCACUGAGGUGCUUAACUGUGAACUUUUGGAAAAGCCUCAAUCUCCAGGCUGCUGGCUUCUGGGGUUCCUACUAGUAUUCCUUCAGGUUUCCUCUUAGUUGUGUGGAGUCUUUUUUGCUUUGUCAUAACUCACCUAUUAGGAAUGGUACACGACUUGGUUCAACCGUGGGUUCUGAACUAAUAAACAGAUGUCCAUAGGCCUCA